CCCUUUAUUACGGUUUUCAGAGAGGCUGAUCUGAUCCGCGAGUGGUUUUCACAGAGAACCACUGCAGCAUGACCAUGAGGCGCGUCGUGCGAUGGCUCAAGUGGAUACUGACGGGCAGGAAGGAGGAGCACAGAGGACUCGAGGCGGAGAAUAGGCGGCGGACGACCGGAGGCCAGGACGCGGGAGCUCGACAACGCCGUGCCGCGAUCGUCAUCCAGAAAACGUUCAGAGGCUACCUGGCUAGGAGAGCGCUUCGAGCGCUCCGGUCACUCGUCAAGAUCCAGGCGUUGGUGCGGGGCUACCUGGUCAGGAAGCAGGCAGCCAUCACACUGCACAGGUUGCAGACGCUCAUGCGCCUGCAAGCCGACUCCAUCGCCGUCAAGAAUGCUCCCUUCCGGAAAUCCAUGGAACAAGAAGUAAUCCAUAUGUUGUUUGAGAGGAUCUUUGCUCGGGACCUUCAGACGAAGCCGCCGGCGCACCGCCGGAGGCUGUCCGACAGCACGGACUCCAACUACGAGCGCAGCCCGCGGAUCGUGGAGAUGGACGACACGGGCUACCUCCGCUCCCGGUCCUCACGGAUCACCACCAGCAGCUACAUGUACAACCCGGACCACCUACUAGCGGAGCGUCACCGCCACGCGGCGCCGACGCCGUCGUGCUCGCCGCUCCCCGGCGGCAAGCAGCAGCCCGCGCGGCGCUCGUACCGGCGGAGCACCCGCGACUCCCGGGGCUCUAAGCCUGCGCAGACGGGCACGCCCCGGAUCGCCUCGUCCCACGAUUCCUCGCCCGCCAAGAGCGUCGACCAGCACGGCCUGGCCGUGGCCAGCACGCCGCGGCGGCGGGACAGGGAGGGGCUCGUCAGCCCGCGGUACAUGGCCGGCACCGCGUCGUCCGCGGCCAGGACGCGAUGCCACAGCGCGCCGAGGCAGCGGCGGACGGCGGCGGACGCCGAGCACGAGCAGGCGCCGAGGAGGUCGUGCUCGCACGCGACCCGAACAACGGCCGGCUUCUCCGGAAUCGGCGUCGGCGACGAGGCUGCCAGAGACUACUACCUGGACAGCUUCUGGUGAUCAGGCAACCGUGAUGCGGAGCUGGUGGGUCGGUGCGCUGCUUGCGUUUAGAUUUUGUAUAUAUAUAUAGUAGAAGACAAGUGCACGGAUUUGCACACUACACUCGUAGUCGUAGACUCUAAAGCAUCUAGCAGGACAGCAAGGCUGAGUGCAGAUGCUGAAACAUAUUUGUACACACUUUUGUUGCUUGGGUGUGCAAGUGUUCGAUCUCAUG